GGGUGAUCCAUAUGUUUAGACGGUGGCCAGUGGCCCAGAGGUCAGGGGCGUUUGCUUGGGUCUUGUUGCGUUGGUUCACCGGGGAGACGCUAGUUGGCACUAGUGACUCAUUGUUGCCGGCCUAUGCCCAGUGCCCGCCCAGUAACGCCUGAGGCAGAGAUCCGGAAGGGACCGGAUCAGGCAGCGAGGUCGGACGAGCCCGGAAGGUCAUUCACCGGUCCACCGGUCAGACUCGGUCACAUGCUGCAAGCACCAGAUGGAGCGAAGUGGGACGACAAGUCGGGUCUAGCGGGAUCAGAUAAGAUCAGAUGUUUCAUCCACAACACUCUCGAGUCCACAACUUAUCUCUUAACAAGCUCUCGCUCUUCCUCUGUCUGCCUGUGAAGAGUGCCGAGAACCCUCCGCAAAGAUGGCCCCCGCGACCGCCAUAACCCUCUAUUCCACCCUCGCCCUCCUCUGCACCACCGCUUUCCUGAACGUCGGCGGCGCUUCACCGGUCCUCGACCCCGUGUCCUCGACACAGCACCUCCUGCAGCCCGAGCCCGAGCUCGAGCUGAAGCCAGACCAUCAAGACCCAGCGUCCUACCCCCUCCACCCCAUCACCGAUUCCCCCUCCCUCUCCCCUCCCUUCUCCUCCUCCUCCUCCUCCUCAGAGGAGGAGGAAGCAUACAAAGCCCCCAGCUGGUUCGAAUCCACCCUCCUCGCCCGUCGUCUCCUCGCUCUCUCCCCCACCGGCACUGCCUCGACCAUCUUCCCCUCCCCCCUCCCCGCCAACAGCCGCGCCUACGCCCACAUCCCCGCAGAUGUCGCCGGCCACUCCAUCAGCCUGACCGAGUACCUGUCCGACUGCGAGCACGCGCUUUCCCCCACCACCUCAUCAUCAUCCACAGAAGGCGAGAGCGAAGACGAAAGCGAAGGCAACCCGAUCUUCCUCGCCCUCACCAUCGCCACGACCUUCCGCAACACGGCGCACGGGUCGAACCUGUCCCUGUCCCUGUCGUGGUGGGACCACGUCAACCGCACCGAGCCCGUGUUCCCCGGGUUUCCGCUCAGUCCCGCGGGGCUGCCCCGCGUCACGCUCUUGGGGUUUGUGGAGGCGAUUGAUUUCGAGGCGGUGGCCCGUUCGACUGGUCGGGCCGAGGGGCGGGCGAGGUGGAGGCGCGGCUGACGGAGUGCUAUCUGCGGGCGCAUCCGGAUGCGAAGGCGUGGUUGCCGGGCCGGAAGGGGGCGCCGCAUGAGAGCUUCUGGGCGCGGUUGGUGGUGG